CUUCCCUACUCCGGAAUGGCUUCUUCUCGGAUACUCGGUUGCCCUUAUCCUCUGCACUUUUUUUCUUCCCCGGCCGGCUGAUUAGCGUGUGUUUAGAGUCAUUCUGGUGGGGCUCCCAGCUCAAAGAAAAAAAUUAAUCGCGCUAAACGGCCUUUGUCCUGCAAGAUACGCUAACUUGGCUUUCGUCGUGCCGAACGAUAUCGGUGCCGCACUGACGGAGUUGCCCUUCCUCGCUCUCCGAUUACUGCUUCCCCGUACUCUUUCCUACCGCUCUCACUACAGAGUUACGCGGCCUCCAUCGGCGGGGUUCCUAAUCACAGUUCCUUCACGGCCUCUGUCCUGACGUCUAUAUAAAUCCCUCAGCAUCCCCCCUCUGUCCUGUCCUGUCUUCUCUGUCUGCCUUUGAUCUCGCUGCCUCUGCCUCCUGCCUCUCCUUGCCUCUAGAUUUUAUAAAGAGAAAACUUCACUACAUCAAUUGCAAUGCAGGAAGAAAUGUAUUACGAGAAAACCAACACCGACUCCCUCGGUUCCCUCGAGAAGGGCGUCGACGUCGAUACCAUCAAGUACGACGAGUCUACAUCGGGAUCCAUCGACACUCCCAGCUUUUUGCAGAGAUUCGCCGAGCGCUUCAACAUGGAGACUCGCGGUAUCGAGAUCGUGCCUGAGUCUGAGAAGGUUGAGAGCUCGCUCUGGAACGCGGCUUCUAUGUGGUUCGCGGCAAACAUGGUCGUAUCUACCUUUGCCAUGGGUCUCCUCGGCAUCUCCAUCUUUGGAAUGACCUUCUGGGACUCAGUCCUCACCAUCAUCUUCUUCAACUUCAUCGGCAUGCUCCCCGUGGCCUUCUUCUCCACUUUCGGCCCCGAGUUUGGUCUUCGCCAGAUGAUCCUCUCCCGCUACUGGUUCGGCUACCACAUCGUCAAGAUCUUUGCCGCGCUUAACUGUAUUGCCUGCGUCGGCUGGGCGGCCGUCAACACCGUCGUCGCCGCGCAGCUCCUGCACUCUGUCAACGACGGCGGCUUGCCUGCCUGGGGCGGCGUCAUCGUCAUCUCCGCCGGUGGCCUGUUCAUCACCAUCUUUGGCUACAAGAUCGUCCACUUUUACGAGCGAUGGGCGUGGAUCCCGACCGCAAUCAUCUUCCUGAUUGUCAUUGCGCGCCUCAAAAUCUCUGGCGCAUUCACUGCCGGAACCAUGGGCACCGGCCGCGCCGAGGCCGGCGCUGUUCUCUCGUUCGGCGCCUCGCUUUACGGAUUCGCGACCGGCUGGGCUACCUUUGCCUGCGACUUUGUCGUCUACCAGCGCAAGGACACUUCCAAGACCAAGAUCUUCUUCUCCAUCAUCUGCGGCCUCGGUUUCCCGCUCUGCUUCUGCGAGAUCCUCGGCGCGGCCUGCAUGUCCGGCACGCUCUCCAACGCCGACUUCCUUGCGCAGUACAACAACAACGGCACCGGCGGUCUUCUCUUUGCCAUCCUCGUCGACGACUCGCUCCACGGCUUUGGCCAGUUCUGCGUCGUCGUCCUCGCGCUUUCGACCAUCGCAAACAACUGCCCGAACCUCUACUCUGUCUCGCUCUCCGUCAUGACCGUCUCCGACUACGCCUGCAAGGUUCCCCGCUUCGUCUGGAGCGCCAUCGCCACCGGUGUCGUCAUCGCCAUCGCCAUCCCGGCGUACUACCACUUCACCAGCUUCAUGGACAACUUCAUGAACAUCAUCGGCUACUGGCUCGCAAUCUACGAGGCCAUCGCGCUCUCCGAGCACUUCAUCUUCAAGCGCGGCUUCUCGGGCUACGACGUCUCCAUCUACCAGAACCCCUCCAAGCUGCCUAUCGGUCUCGCGGCCUUCGGCGCCUUCUGCUGCGGUGUCAUGGGCGCCGUCAUGGGUAUGUCGCAGGAGUGGUUCACCGGUCCGAUCGCGAAGCUCAUCCCCGGUGACGUCGGAUUCUUGCUUGGCUUUGGAUUCGCGCUCGUCGCGUACGUCACCCUCCGUCCUUUGGAGCUCAAGUACUUUGGCCGUUAAGCCCAUAUAGAGAAGGGUCUUAGCACUCUCACCACAAAAGUUUUUGCUUUUUCUUCUUGUUUCUGCUUUUGCUUUAAUUUCUUAUGAUUUCUUAUUUAUGGUUUUGUUUGGUCUGGUGUAUUGUUGCUUUUUUGCUGGUGGGUUCGGUGGUUAUAGAAAUCGGCUUUUGUAGUCUUUAGUUUUCCUAUAAU